UGAACUGACUAGAAAGUGGAUGCUUCUUCGGAGGCAAAAUAACCUCUAAUUUCAUCUUUGAAACAAUGGAAGGGACAAAAGAAAGCUCAGCGUUCAAAAAUGUGGCUGAAAGGCUGACACUCGGCAUUACUCGAAUCCUUGAGAACAUGCCCGGUGUCGUGGAGGUGCGUCUUGCAGAAAGGGAGCCCGCCGAGAAAAGGAGCCUGUUGUCAUGGGAACAGAAAAACAAUUGCAUUUUACCAGAGGACCUGCGAGACUUUUAUCUCACAACAGAUGGCUUCACACUAACCUGGAACGUGAAACUGGACAAUGAGUGUGUUCCCUUAGGCUGCAUGACAGUGCAGAGUGUUGGCAGGUUACGUCCUCUUCAGCAGCCCACUCUGCUUUUCUCUCUCCCAAACGCACCUUCGCUGGCGGACCUGGACUGGGAGGAGAGCAGCUCAGAAUGUGUGUUGCCAAAUGCUCCCCUUCCUCCUCAUUUUGAUUCUCGGAGCUGCAUCUUCGAGUUGGAUUCAUGUGGUGGAAAUGGCAAGGUGUGCUUGGUGUACAAAAACUCCACCCCAGGUGUGGUAGCGCAGCAGAGUGAGAUUUGGUUUCUCGACCGUUCUCUAUGCUGGCAUUUCCUGACAGCCACCUUCUCCUCCUACUACCGCCUGAUGAUCACACACCUGGGUCUGCCCGAGUGGCAGUAUUCUUAUACACCUUAUAGUCCCAGCCCCCAGGCCCAGCAGUGGGCAUCGCUGUACCAGCCGCUGAUUUACAGAAAUGAGCUCAGCUUGCCUGACUCCUUUGGAGACUCCCACCUCAACAAGCUGGAUCCCUUGAAGGCCUUCAAAGCCAAAACCAAGGUGCCCACCCCCAAAAAGAAGCCAGCAGCACCUUCCAGCCAAGUGAGCAAUACUAAGAGCCAAGGUGGCAGCGGGAAACCUAGCAUAGCAAAGCGAUGAAAAAAAGCACUUUUAAAGAUGAUAACAAUGGAGACUACGGCGCUGUCCUGGUUUUAAUCCAGUGUUUAAUCACUACAUAUUACUGCUGAGGCUCUUGGUCCACUCAUCAUUACAUUUUUCUACACUAGACUUAUGUUACAAAGUUUGAUGCUACUGUCGCUCCAAAUGUUUCAUUUCUGAAUGCAUUAUAAUAAUAUUGACAUGGAACACUGAAGAAGAUAACUGCACGAACAAGCCGAUAUUCACUGUUUAAAGUAGGGAUGCACCGAUUAAUCGGUAACCGAACAUAUUCGGCCGAAUAUGGCAAAAAAAGCCACAUUCGGCCUUCGGUGGAAUGAGUUAAAAACAAGGCCGAAUAGUGGCGUGUGACGCAAUUUUUUGAGGGGUGACGCAAUCAACCAACGUGCAGUGACGUUGGGAUAUGUUGUGUACCUGUGUAAGUGUAUGAGGUUACAAUGUUGUGUACCUGUAUAAGUGUAUGAGGUUACAAUGUUGUGUACCUGUAUAAGUGUAUGAGGUUACAAUGUUGUGUACCUGUAUAAGUGUAUGAGGUUACAAUGUUGUGUACCUGUAUAAGUGUAUGAGGUUACAAUGUUGUGUACCUGUAUAAGUGUAUGAGGUUACAAUGUUGUGUACCUGUAUAAGUGUAUGAGGUUACAAGCACACACUUAUUGAGAUUUAGUGGGGCCUCUGUUUACAUUAUUAGCCUGUUGUGUAGGCUACCUGUAUAAGUGUAUGAGGUUACAAGCACACACUUAUUGAGAUUUACUUGAGCCUUCUGUUUACAUUAUUAGCCUGUUGUGUAGGCUACCUGUAUAAGUGUAUGAGGUUACAAGCACACACUUAUUGAGAUUUACUUGAGCCUUCUGUUUACAUUAUUAGCCUGUUGUGUAGGCUACCUGUAUAAGUGUAUGAGGUUACAAGCACACACUUAUUGAGAUUUACUUGAGCCUUCUGUUUACAUUAUUAGCAUAUCUACUGUGGCUAAGCAGACUUUUGCCAAAAGGACAAUAAUUCAUUUGUUGUGGGUUUAUCCACUUUAAUGCACUUUAUUUUUUUUUUGGAAUGCAUGUUUUGUUUGAAGGCCUAAUAUAAAUGAAAAACUUUGUGCUUUUUUUGAAAAGCAACGGCUACUGAAAUAUUAAAAAAAGUCAAUAUUCAAUAAAAAAGUACUUUAUUGGAAAAACAUGUGUAAGUAUUUAUUCUAGGCUAUUUAUGCAAUAUUUAAAAAAUUGUGAAAAACUGCAUUCAUUAUUCGGUAUUUGGUAUUCGGCCUUCGGCCAAGCGUUUAAAUUUUAUUUGGCUUCGGCUUCGGCCACAAAUUUUUAUUUCGGUGCAUCCCUAGUUUAAAGUGAAGGUGUCGGGAAAAUGUUGAAUCAUUUUGCAUACAAAAAUAGUUUACACUGAUUUUACUGAUUGUUAAUUAGCUUUACUUUUAAAAUUGUCACAGAACACAUACAUGAUGAUGAUUCACUUAAAAGCGAGCAUGUGACUAACAAGCUUGAUCCGACUAAUAGGCUGAAGUAGUUUCCAAGUAGAUACUGUAUUUGCCUGUAGACUCCUGUCUGUAUGACAGUAUGGUGCCUAUUUCUCAAUAUGACAUCAAAUAUAUAUAACUGAAACCCAUGUAAGAGGUAUGUUGAUUGCAAUAUCGCUCUGCUUUUGCAGCAGUAUUAAAACUUUGCACCUCAGGAAAA